AUGGGAUUUGAGAUACCCAAACCCAGGUCGUCACUGCUUAUCGAUACUGAUGCUUGGGUCACAAUGCUAGUAUUCAGGUUUUUGGAAGACAGUAUACCGGAAGAGAAUAAUCUAUGGUGUUUAGUUGUGGAGACGGCACGCUGCGAAGUGUUGGUGAUUCUUACAGUUGUAUGUGAUUAUUGCGACGAAGGUUGGGGCUGGACGUUCAAGCUCACUGAUAUUGUGGAUGCUGACGAAAUUUCCCAGCGAAUCUUCUAG